AUGGCCAGAGACAACGGUUCUCCGCUCAGCAAUACUGUACCCCGCCCCGAGGGCAACUCGUUCAUGACCGAGUUGGUCCCCAAAGCUGCACACGGAGGCUCCCUGGUGUCCAAAGUGAUAGCGGUGGACGCGGACUCCGGACAGAACGCCCGGCUGUCCUAUCAUAUAAAACUCAUCGUUGAUGAUGGAUUCGAAAAAAUAAUCCUGUUUCAAACAUGCGGGUUUUAUUUCCUGCUUCUUUUUUUGCAUGGCGCGUAUGGAGACAUGAGCUAUUCUUUUCCUGAAGAGUUGAAACGAGGAUCAGUUAUUGGAAAUAUUGCCAAGGAUCUCGGGCUGAAGACGGGUGCGCUGUCCAACCGAAGAGCCCGUAUUGACACCGAUGGGACUGAGAAGCGUUACUGUGACAUAAACCUGAAUAACGGAGAAUUGAUUGUUGCAGACAGGAUUGACCGAGAGGGGCUUUGUGGAGAAAAGGCUUCGUGCAUCCUACAACAUGAGCUCGUGCUGGAGAAUCCUCUCGAGCUCCAUCGGAUUAGUCUCCACAUUCAAGAUAUUAAUGAUAGCCCUCAAUUUAACGAAGAAUCGAUUAAUAUAGAAAUUCAAGAGUCUGCAGUCAGGGGAGCUCGUUUUGUGAUAGAGGAGGCGCACGAUGCGGAUGUAGGACAAAAUUCAGUUCAACAAUACAGCCUGAAAAAGAAUGAACAUUUCAUUUUGGCUUCUAAUGGAAACACAAUAGAGCUUGUUCUUGAUAAAGAGCUUGAUCGUGAAAAACAACAGGAGAUCAAUUUGCUCCUUACAGCUUUAGAUGGUGGCUCUCCUCAGAGAUCAGGUACUGUAGUCAUACACGUCACUGUGCUGGAUGCUAAUGAUAACGCCCCAGUGUUUAGUCAGGCAGUUUAUAAAGCCAGUCUGCCUGAAAACUCUCCUUUAGACACUGUGGUGGUCACAGUGAGUGCAACUGAUGUAGACGAGGGAGUCAAUGGAGAUGUGACAUAUGACUUCGGACAUGUUUCAGAGGAUGUGAAGAAGAUAUUUAGCAUUGACCGUAAAGUGGGGGCGAUACGAAUAAUAGGCACAGUUGACUAUGAAACUACCACAUCAUUUGAAAUACGCGUUAAAGCAAAAGAUGGAUUAGGACUGUCAUCAUAUGCUAAAGCAAUAAUUUCUAUCACUGACGUGAAUGACAACGCUCCUGUAGUCGAUUUGAAAUCACUGACAAAUCCCAUUCCAGAGGACACCCCACCUGGUACAGAGGUGGGCAUCAUUAAUGUACAGGAUAGAGACUCUGAGAAUAACAGACAGGUCCGCUGCUCCAUUCAACAAAACUUCCCUUUUAAGUUGGUUCCUUCUAUUAAAAACUAUUAUUCUCUGGUGACCACAGGACAACUGGACCGUGAACUAGUGUCUGAUUACAACAUUACAAUCACUGCCACUGACGAGGGCUCUCCACCUCUGUCCUCCUCUAAAACUGUUCAGUUAUCUGUAGCAGACAUCAACGACAACCCACCUGUGUUUGAGGAAGAGUCCUACAGCGCAUAUGUGACUGAAAAUAACAAACCUGGCUCCACUUUAUGUUCCGUUACUGCUCGAGACCCCGACUGGAGACAAAACGGUACAGUGAUUUAUUCUCUGUUAGCUGGUGAGGUGAACAGUGCCCCGGUGUCCUCCUAUCUGUCUGUUAACGGAGACACGGGGGUGAUCCACGCUGUGAGGUCGUUUGAUUAUGAACAGUUCAGGAGUUUUAAAGUCCACGUGAUGGCCAGAGACAACGGUUCUCCUCCGCUCAGCAGCAACGUGACCGUCAGUGUCUUUAUAUCUGAUGUGAAUGACAACUCUCCUCAGAUACUGUACCCCGCCCCGGAGGGCAACUCGUUCAUGACCGAGCUGGUCCCCAAAGCUGCACACGGAGGGUUCCUGGUGUCCAAAGUGAUAGCGGUGGACGCGGACUCCGGACAGAACGCCUGGCUGUCCUAUCAUAUAGUCAAAUCCACUGAUCCGGGACUUUUCACUAUUGGUCUCCACAGCGGAGAGAUCAGGACACAGCGGGACAUUUCUGAAUCAGACAGCAUGAAACAGAACCUUAUUGUGUCAGUGAAAGAUAACGGACAGCCCUCUCUCUCUGCCACUUGCUCCAUGUAUUUACUUAUUUCUGAUAACUGGGCUGAGGUGCCAGAACUGAAGGAUAUUUCUUAUGAUGAGAAGAAUUCCAAACUGACCUCUUAUCUGAUCAUCGCGCUGGUGUCUGUGUCCACCCUUUUUCUGACCUUCAUCAUCAUCAUCCUGGGUGUGAGGUUUUGUCGCAGGAGAAAGCCCAGACUGUUGUUUGAUGGAGCAGUUGCCAUCCCUAGUGCGUAUCUCCCUCCUAAUUAUGCAGAUGUUGACGGCACAGGAACUUUACGUAGCGCUUACAAUUAUGACGCAUACCUGACAACAGGAUCUAGAACCAGUGACUUUAAGUUCGUAACAUCUUACAAUGACAACACACUGCCUGCUGACCAGACUCUGAGGAAAAGUCCAAGUGACUUUGUAGAUGCUUUUGGGGACUGUAAUGGUUCUCCUGAGUGGAACUAG